GCACAAUCAGACCAUUCAGUACCACCGUUACACCGGUUACGCGCGCACACGUGUGAUUUUCCCGGCCGUUUUCUGUCGAGACGCACGCGAGUCCCCGUGGUUCGUGUAUACCAUUAGUUAUACCCUUUCCGGCUAUACACAAAUAGUGUAUGUGAGGGAGCGUUUGUGCGUUUUGUUUUGGACCGUCCACCCGUCGAUACGAGAAAAGUGUGUGGUGAAAACAAAAAAGAAAUCGGACAGUCUGGCCAGCGAUAUAUCGUCAUAUCGCCGCCACCUCGUGCGGAUCGCUUUGGGUCGCCGAUCGUCGGUCGUCACGUACAAUAACAAUCGCACACGGCAGUGGUUUUCGUUACACGUCGCCCUCACACGUGCGCGUCUCGUAUAAACACGCGAUCGGCUGCGUCAGCGGCGCGCUAAAGGAGAAAGUGCGCGGCGACCGUAUAUGUGUGCCGGCGGCCACGGCGGUCGGCUACGGCGGCAGCGGUCGGACCGAUGUCCCAAGUCUUAGUCCCGCGACGUCGUACCUGCAGCGGCGCCGGUGGCGGUGGUUGGUUUGGGGGUGGUGGUGGUGGUGGUGGCAGCUGUAGUCGUCGUCGUCGUCGUCGCCGUCGCGCGAACGGCGGCGGCGGCGGUGGUGGUAGUGGCCGCAGCCGUCGAGACGGAUCGCAGUCGAAAGGAUCGGCGCGGCGGACACAUGUCGUCGUCAUCGGCGGACGAAUGUCGGCGGCGCCGCGGUAGGCGCACCGGCGCGGUGGCAGUGGCCGGCGUGUACAGCGGAGACCAGCGACAGGCCACGCCGCCGUUCCCGUCCGUGUGCCGUCUGGUCGAGAAGUACACGAUGCUCAUCGAACGGCACCGGCAGAACCAGCAGAACGGAUUGACGGCGCCUGUCCGUGGCAAACCAUCGCCGCUGUCGUCGUCAUCAUCGUCGCCUACGACGCCUCUGCAGCAGCCCGCGGUACUGUCCAGCCCGGCAGUCGGCGGUGAAGAUGCAGCCGCCUGGAACCAUCUGCUGAUGGACGGCGGUGGCUGUGAGAAUAAAAACAACGACGUGGACGGCAACGGCCACGACGUGGACAGCUACGGUUACGACGACUACUACGACGAUGACGACGACGGUUGCGGCCGGCGGUUCAGUUGCGUGUCGUUGGGCAGCAUCCAACCCGGUAGCGACGAAGACGAAAAGCUGACGACAAACUCGGAUGUGGGCGACGGCGGCGCGGAAAACACGCAGUCGCAACUGCAGGUGGUGGUCAGCCGGCUGGAGGUUAAUAAGACCAAAGUGAAACGAAAACGGCGCAAGUCGUGGACGGGACCGGUGGGCUGGCAGGGCCCUGGUGACGGGACGAGCGGUCCGUGUCGCAAGGGCCACAGUCUGGACCAGGGCUACGAGACGACACACCACCACCGGGACUUCGGGGGCAGGCUGAUCCACCAACCGGCGCUGUACCGGUCGUUCAGCAACAACGCGGACGGCGAUGGCGGUACGGUGGUGUUCAACGGGUACGAUCCACCCGACGGCGUGGCCCCAGUCAACGGCGGCGGACGGCAAUUCCGGACCCCGUCCGUGGUGGUCAGCGACCACUCCGAGGACCCGGUGUCCUUUUCGUCCAUGUUCACGCUGGACGAUCUCGACGAACUCGAGUGCAGGCCGUCCGCCGACUGCGGGUUCAACGACUCGUCGUCCGACUGCAGCGCGGCGAGCACGUGGAGCGCCUCGAGUAGCGUCAUCAGCGUGCUGGACGCCGACUAUUCGUUGCACACACCCGAGCGCAAGAUAUCCGGAUGCAGCACGUGCAGUACGUUCAGCGGCGGCGAGGAUGAUGACGCCGCGGCGGCAUUCGGCCAAACCAAACCGAAGGCAAAGCAUUCCGGAUGGCGAAAGUUGAGAAAUAUUGUUCAGUGGACGCCGUUCUUUCAGACCUACAAAAAACAGAGGUAUCCUUGGGUACAGCUAGCUGGACAUCAAGGUAAUUUUAAAGCCGGGCCUGAACCUGGUACAAUCCUCAAGAAACUGUGUCCUAAGGAACAGUUAUGCUUCCAAGUGCUGAUGAAAGAUGUGCUUAGACCAUACGUGCCCGAGUACAAGGGCCACUUAACUACCGAAGAUGGAGACCUAUAUCUUCAGUUGGAAGAUUUGUUGGGCGACUUCACUUCACCAUGUGUUAUGGAUUGCAAGAUCGGCGUCAGGACGUAUCUGGAAGAGGAACUAGCGAAAGCAAAAGAAAAACCUAAAUUAAGAAAAGACAUGUAUGAAAAAAUGAUACAGAUUGACCCAAACGCACCGUCAGAGGAGGAACAUCGAUUGAAAGGUGUGACAAAACCGAGGUACAUGGUUUGGAGAGAGACGAUUUCGUCAACAGCUACGUUGGGCUUCCGAAUCGAGGGGAUCAAAAAGAGUGACGGAAAAUCAAGCAAGGACUUUAAGACGACUAAGAACCGCGAUCAAGUGAUCGAAGCGUUUCGAGAUUUUGUCGCCGGUUUCCCGCACGUCAUCCCCAAGUACAUUACCAGGCUAAGAGCGAUCAGAGACAUGCUGGUGGAGUCAAAAUUUUUCACCACGCACGAGGUAAUCGGCAGCUCGUUGCUGUUCGUGCAUGACAGCAAGAACGCUAACAUAUGGCUGAUCGAUUUCGCCAAGACGCUAAUACUUCCACCAGACAUCCGAAUCAACCACACGUCCGAGUGGGUGGUGGGUAACCAUGAAGACGGAUACCUAAUCGGCAUCAACAACCUGCUUGAUAUAUUCACUGAGAUGAACGCCGCGACCGCGUUCCCAGUCACACUCAUUGAAGUCACCGCCCCGUCCGAAGUUGCCUGAAUGUCGUCGACCUCCGCAGUCUCCCUGCCGGUAUCCUAAUUUCUGCGUUCACCUUGUCGACAAUAUAAUAAAUGUUUAGUGCAAAAAUCCAAAAACCGUUUUAAACAAAAACUCAAUUUUUGAUGACCAAUAGAAUUCUGACUUUUCCGUACCAAUGUAGAAUUUGUUUCAAUUGUGACGAGGUUUUAAUCAUACUUUAUUCUCCCUGCCCCCCCCCCCCCAAAUUCACGCACCAGAGGAUUUGCCAUCAGUAUUAAAACAAUGAUCUAUAAUAGAUGAUAAAAUAUAAAUAUUAUAUACAUCAUCGCGGUAUGUUGUAUAUAUAUAUUAUAAUAUUAUAAUAAUAUGAUAAUGUGUGUUUGUGUGGAAAUCCAAUAAUAUAUAAUUAUUAUUAUUAUAUUUAAAUAUGUGUACGAUAAUGGGACUACUAUGUGUGAUUCUCAAAUGAUAUAUUAAUUAUUUAAACGUACGUUUUUAAUUUCAAACGUAUAUGACGUGUAUUGUGUAUAUUAUAUAAUAUAAUAAUUAUACUGUGCGUGCGAUAUUAUAAUAAUUUUGUAAUUCAUCAAUCAAUCUUCCAUUGCAGUAUCGUGUGGUUUUUAUUUCGUUGUUUUAUUUUAUUACUAUUAUUAUUAUUUUUUUUUUUUCAAGAACUUUAUAUUAUUUUCAGCCCUUCUGUUCAUUAAUUCACUAGCCAGUUAUCUGAGUAUUACACAAUUAUACAAUAUUUUUUUAAAUAAUAUAAUAUACUCACGUUACAACGACGAUAAUAUUAAUAAUAAUAAUAAUAAUAAUAGUAAUAACAAUAAUAGUAUCUAUACUUUAUUAUUAUUUCACGAGAAUAAGACGUCGUCAUGUCGUUCUCCCGUUACAGUGUGUGUGUGUGAAAUUUUCGAUUCAAUUUUAUUAUUAUACUUUUUUCCCUUAUAUUUUUAUUUAUUAUUAUUAUUAUUUUUUUUUGUGUGUGUACAGAAAUAUUUAAAUAAGACUUAUGAAAGAAACCCUUGUUAUAUUAUAUUAUUUUUUAUUUCACUUCGCACAUGUGUAAAUAAUAAAUCGUUAUCGCCUAUUUUUCUA